AUGGACAAAUUGACAUUUUAUGCUCUGUCUUCACCAGAAAAACUUGAUAGAAUUGGUCAGUAUUUAGAACAGAGAUUAAAUAAAGAAGUUAAAUGGCGCAGAGUAGAGUUUGUUUUUAUUGCUAUGGAUGCUUUAGAUCAAUUACUUGUUUCUUGUCAUGCACAGUCAUUGAAUUUAUUUGUUGAAAGUUUUUUGAAAAUGGUUCAAAAACUUUUGGAAUGUGAAGAACCAGAAUUGCAGAUAUUAGCAACAGCUUCAUUUGUAAAAUUUGCCAAUAUCGAAGAAGAUACACCAUCCUAUCAUAGACGCUAUGAUUUUUUUGUGUCCAAAUUUAGUUCCAUGAGUCACAGUGGAUUACAGAAACAAGAGACAAGGACAAAGAUACGACGAGCUGGUCUACAUGGAUUACAAGGUCUGGUACGCAAGACUGUUAGUGAUGAUUUACAAGUUAAUAUAUGGGAUCCAGUUCAUAUGGAUAAAAUAGUACCAUCAUUACUGUUUAACAUGCAUGAUCCAAGUCUAUAUGAAGAACAUCCUUCAUUUAUAGCAGAAACAGUUUUUCGAGAUUUGAUCUGCCGAGCAUCUUAUGGUUGUAUAAAAUCUGUUGUAAAACCAGUCCUUAUACAUAUGGAUAACCACUCAUUAUGGGUGCCUAAUCAAUUUGCUGUGAAAUGUUUUAAAAUCAUCAUGUAUUCUGUACAGGCACAGUAUGGUUAUAUUGUGAUUUCAUCAUUAUUAGAUCAUUUAGAUGAACAUGUUAAAACUGAUCCUAGUAUUAAGAGUAGUAUAGUUAGUGUAUUAUUUCAAGCAGUACUUAUAUCAGCUGGUGGUUCAAUAGGACCAUCAGUAUUAGAAGUAUUUAAUAUUUUAUUAAGACAUCUGCGAAUAUCAGUUGAUAAUAAAAGUCAAAAUACAGAAUUACGAAAUAAAGAAAUAGAAUUUGAAGACGAAGUCAUUAAUACAAUAGCAUUUGCUAAUAAUCUACCAGAUUACCAGAAAAUUGAGAUUAUGAUGUUUGUUAUGGGUAAAUUCCCUCAAUUUUCAUCAGAUGAAGAUACAUGUGCAAUGGAUACUCAGUUACAAAUGAAUCUGCUCAGAACAUUAUUGAAGGUAGCAACGAAAUAUGAGACUGUAACGUUUUCUAAUGCUUUCCCUCCAGAAUUCUUACAUCCUUUAUUACGUAUGUCAUUAUUGGAUGAUUCCCUUAUGCGUGUCACAGUCCAAAAUAUUUUACAAACAUUAAUAGAUCGUCAUGACAACACUCAAAAACUGAAACCAGUCAGAAUACCUGGAGAUAUUUCCAAACUAAAUUUAACCAUAGAGAAAAGUUCAAGACAAGAUAUAUUAUUCAUGAAAAAGAGUGGUAUGCAGUUUUAUUGGCAUAUCUAUGAGAAUAUGCAGAUGACAUCUAAUCGUGUAGAUAAUUUUGAAGCAUUGUAUUGUACUAUGUGUUUAUUAGCUGUAGAGUUAGGUGAUGGUGAAAUAUUAAUAGAAUUAUUCAGAUUAGCUUUAGAUAUUCAGCAAAUGAUAGUCACAAGUGCGGGAUUACCAUUAACACAUAAAUGUGCUAUUCAUGGUUUAAUAGCUGCCUAUAUGAAUUUAUUAACACAUUUAACCGAUAUCCCUUCAUUAGCUGAGUAUAUCAGUCAGGUGAUAGAGUUAAGAAGAGAACAGUAUUUAUUUGAUCAGAAUAAAAUAGCAGAAUGUUUCUCGAAUAGUGGACACGAUACAAUACGAUUAUCAUCAUCAUUUAUACAGAAACCAUAUAGUGCAGAUCAUGACUUCAAUGUGAGAGAGAAACAAAAAUAUAAUGAAGAGAUAACAGUUGAGUCAUUGAAACAAAUGUUAGCUGAAGAUAACAUUGUUAAUAAAGAAUUAGAAGAUAAGAAAAGAUUAGAAAUAUUAGAAACAUUUAGAUCAGCUCCAUUUGAAGAAAUAGUGGCUAGAUCGGAAGCUAAGUCAAAUCAUUUCCACAAUAAAUUAAAUGAGAUAUUAGAUAUGGUAGUAGAUCCAGUAGAAGCUAGUGAAGAUGAUGUUAAUAAUGCUACUGUACCAGUUUAUCAAAUGACUUAUCCUGAUUUAUUUGUUUAUUGA